CCCGUCCUGCGCCAGGGCCGCCGCCGGGCCCGCUCCGGCCCCGGGCCCCGCGCGCAGCGAGCCGGGCACGGAGGACCGCGGCCGGCGGCAUGGCAGCCUCAGGGAUGCUGGGAGGAUGCGACAUCCUCGUCGUUUACAGCCGAGAUGCUGAGGAGUGGUGCCAGUACCUCCAGGACCUUUUCCUUUCCAGUCGGCAGGUCCGAGGCCAGAAGACGCUGACUUACAGGCUGAGCCCCAAGACAUCCUUCUCCGCCGAGGACCUGAGCUUCUUUCUCCGUGUGCGCUGCAUUGUGGUGCUGCUGUCUGCGGAGCUGGUGCAGUGCUUCUGCCAGCCGAGCUUGCUGCCCCUGCUGCAGAGAGCCUUUCAUCCUCCGCACCGCGUGGUGCGGCUGCUCUGCGGGGUACAGGACAGCGAGGAGUUCCUGGACUUCUUUCCAGACUGGGCGCACUGGCAGGAGCUCACCUGUGACGAUGAGCCUGAGACUUACGUAGCAGCUGUGAAGAAGGCCAUUUCUGAAGAUUCUGGCUGCGACUCAGUCACUGACACCGAGACUGAGGACGAGAAGUUCCUUCCCUACUCAAAGCAGCAGAGCCUGCCGCCGCCGGAGACUCCGCCUGGGAACCUGAUGGUGGUGCAGCCGGAGCGCAUCCGCUGUGGGGCAGAAACCACUGUCUACGUCAUCGUGAGAUGUAAGUUGGAUGAGAAGGUGACAACAGAAGCCGAAUUUUCUCGUGAGGAUUCUCCCUCGAUAAGGGUGGAAGCCAAGCUGGAGAAUGAGUACACUGUUUCCGUGAAAGCUCCCAACCUUUCAUCUGGGAAUGCUUCUCUGAAGAUAUAUUCUGGGGACUUAGUGGUAUGUGAUACCAUUAUCAGCUAUUAUACUGACAUGGAGGAAAUUGGGAAUUUAUUGUCCAAUGCUGCAAAUCCUGUGGAGUUCAUGUGUCAGGCCUUCAAAAUUGUGCCCUACAACACGGAGACCCUUGAUAAACUGCUAACGGAGUCCCUGAAGAACAACAUUCCUGCGAGUGGGCUGCACCUCUUUGGAAUCAACCAGCUGGAGGAAGAAGACAUGAUGACAAAUCAAAGGGAUGAAGAGCUGCCCACUUUGUUGCACUUUGCUGCCAAGUACGGACUAAAGAACCUCACUGCCUUGUUGCUCACCUGCCCGGGAGCCCUACAGGCCUACAGUGUCGCCAACAAGCACGGCCACUAUCCUAACACCAUCGCCGAGAAGCACGGCUUCCGGGACCUGCGGCAGUUCAUCGACGAGUAUGUGGAAACUGUGGACAUGCUGAAGAGUCACAUUAAAGAGGAGCUGAUGCAAGGGGAGGAGGCUGACUCUGUGUAUGAGUCCAUGGCCCACCUGUCCACAGACCUGCUCAUGAAAUGCUCCCUCAACCCCGGCUGUGACGAGGAGCUAUACGAGUCCAUGGCGGCCUUGGUCCCAGCUGCCACCGAGGACCUGUAUGUUGAGAUGCUUCAGGCCAGUACAUCUAAUCCAAUCCCCAGGGAUGGUUUCUCUCGGACGACUAAGGACUCUAUGAUUCGCAAGUUUUUAGAAGGCAACAGCAUGGGAAUGUCCAGUUUGGAGAAAGACCAUCUUGGUCAGGAAGAAGAUGUAUAUCACACAGUGGAUGAUGAUGAGGCCUUUUCAGUGGACUUGACCAACAGGCCCCCUGUCCCAGUGCCCAGACCAGAGGCCAGCGCAUCUGCCACUCACCAGCUAUCUGACAAUGAAUCAUACAUUUCUAAAGUUUUUGCAGAAAAAAGUCAAGAGAGGCCUGGGAAUUUCUAUGUUACCUCAGAGAGCAUCAAGAAAGAGCCACCUGUCAGACCGGGGAGGGACAGGCCUCAGUCGAGCAUAUAUGAUCCCUUUGCUGGGAUGAAAACACCAGGCCAGCGGCAACUCAUUACCCUCCAGGAGCAGGUGAAGCUGGGCAUCGUCAAUGUGGAUGAGGCCGUGCUACACUUCAAAGAGUGGCAGCUCAACCAGAAGAGGCGGUCAGAGUCCUUCCGCUUCCAGCAGGAAAAUCUUAAACGACUAAGAGAUAGCAUCACCCGAAGACAGAGAGAGAAGCAAAAAUCAGGAAAGCAGACAGACUUGGAGAUCACAGUCCCAAUUCGGCACUCACAGCACCUGCCUGGGAAAGUGGAGUAUGGAGUCUAUGAAAGUGGCCCCAGGAAAAGCAUCUUUCCCCCAAGGACAGAGCUAAGACGAGGAGACUGGAAAACAGACAGUACCUCCAGCACAGCAAGCAGCGCGAGUAACCGGUCCAGCACUCGGAGCCUCCUCAGUGUGAGCAGCGGGAUGGAGGGGGACAACGAGGAUAAUGAAGCCCCCGAGGUUACCAGGAGUCGUAGUCCAGGCCCCUCACAAGUGGACAGCAUGCCCACCGUGCCCCUUGAGAGGCCCCCCAGGGUGCCACCCCGAGCCGCCUCACAGAGGCCUCCAACCAGGGAGACCUUCCAUCCUCCUCCACCUGUUCCACCCAGAGGUCGCUGAUUCCACCUCUUAAAGGCUACCUCCUUCCAGACUUGGAGACUUGCAGUUUUCAGCCUCAGUCUUCAUGUUGAGUUUUAUGGCCUGACCGCUGACCUUAAGACUCACUCUCAUCACUGAUAUUGUUGUGGCCCUGCUGGUUUGGGCUUACCUUGAAGAAGAUAUUAUUAAGGCACAAAGAAUCAAAAAACUAAGAACUUCAUUCACCAUCAUCUAUUGACCCAUAUCCUUAUUUACCAAGAGGAUGACAACUUAAUUGGAACUGGACUAAUUUGACAUGUCAGGAGCCUGAGAAGAUUGAUCAGAAAUGCACAAGUGAUUUUACAGAAAUGCACUUAUAUUAGGUCUUACUUGUUUGCUAGUCCAAUCUAACUUCUGUGGUUAUGAUUUAAGACUUACAGUACCUAAUUUUUAAAUGAUUCUUCAGCUUUUCUGUAGCUUCAGAAGGGUGUUUAAAUGCCAGGGCUGGUCACAUACAGCAAACUCAAAGGGACUUUAGAGAGGGAUUAGUCCUAACUCCUUUUAGAUAGAAGGAAAGUCUAAUUUCACUGAAGCCUGGGGCAAGAGUACUCAGUUGGUUAGAGGAAGAGGUGGGUCUAGAAUCUGGACCCGCUGAUUCCAGGUCAUCACACUUCCCAUAUCCAAAUGGCCAGUCAAAAGAUGCCCAGAUGUAGAAAUGUGUUCAGUGACUAUUGACCUUUUAGAAGUUUCCUUUUUCCAUAUCUCCCAGGUAUGGGACUAUCAAGUAUUUGGGGCAUUUAUAAUUCAGUAUGCUUGCCAAAGAACAUCUAAAAAUGGUUGGAAACCAAAAGCUUGGCAUGCCAGGGACUCCACUUAUUGCUCUGCAUCCUUUAUAGAUCUUAGUUCUGGCCAUAGGAGACAGGGGGAAUCCUUGACUUUCACUUUGCUGAGGGGUCAGAAGAAGAAGGAAGAACUUAAAACAGAGAUAGUCCUCUGUUUUACUAUAAGCUUGUUAUUAACACCAGGUUUGGGAAAUCUGUGCAGAGAAUGUAGAGCCUUAGGCAUAUCAUUAAUUUUGAGUCCUUAGCAUAUAAAUCUACCUUGAAAACACAGGUCUUUAAUUUGAUGCUUAAAUAUACAGUAAAAUUAGUAUCAGACCCAUUUCUUUAAAAAUUAUCAGAAAUCUGAUGGUUCUCCAUGAAAUUAUUCUCCAUCCCACACAAAGAUAUAAAAACUAUACUAUUAAAGAUCCGUUUAAGUACAGUUUUAUUGAGUCCUCUUCUAAUGAUUAAUGAUUCUUUUUCAGGUGAAUUCCUCAGUUCAGCAAACAAUGAUUGAGUGAAGUUAACAGCUUCUGGGAUCUUGGGGUUUUGUUUUUCUUUUUUUCCCUGACAUAAAAUACACUAUUGUCACUGGCCUUGAAGAGAGUAUUUGUGCAAAUUACCUACCGCAAUUCCUGGCACACAGUAGCUGUUUUGGAAUGGUCCCUUUACUCUCCUUGUCACUUAUCUGGGAGAAAUAAGGAAAUAUGAGAUAAAAGAACAAGAAGUAUGAGACUGGUAUUCCUCUUAUUUAUAGACAGUCUCUAUUUUAAGCAUGCUUGAUCUUGAUAAAGCUAUACUUUUAAAAAUAUUUAAUGCCUCUAAGCCUCCUUUUGGAUGACAAAUUUAAUUUUUUUUAGAUUCGUUGAUAAAUAAACAUUUAGAUCAGUCACAUGACAAAACCUACUGCUAGCCAAUGGUGUUACCAUCUUGGUAUGCACAUCACUGUGUAAUAUUGGAAUAUUGUAUGGCAUUUUAUUCUUGUAGGAAAAUAAGUGGAAAACAUAAAAUUGAAAGUACUUAUGAGAAAUCUGGGUUUCAUAAAUGUGGCACACUUGAGAUGUGGCCUCAAAUGAUCAGGAGUGCCAAGUCAAAAAUGGCAAGUUUUAAAUCCUCAUUGAAUGUUCACUGAACAUCCACAAUGAUUGUGUGUAAAAGGAGGAAAUGAAAAAUUUGUAUGAAGCAUGGGGACCAUGUUAUCAAGGAAUAUCUCUAAAUGAUGGGGUGAAAUUUUUCAUUCUCCAGAAACAGAACCACUCAUUAUAAUUUAAAUUUACUCAAUUUCUACACACUCAACCUUAGUAUACAUUUUUAGGAAUACAGAAUGUAACAAAACCAUGAAUUUAAGUACAAUGAGAAUCAGAAACUAAAUUGUAACUAGGUAUCCAAAGAGAUGGUUAAAAAGUUCCUUAUAGGAUGCCUCUCCUUCCCCAAGAUGUUAUAAACUGGCUCAAUAGACAGUGAAGCUGUUAGUCAUAAUCACCGCCAAUGCCUUUGCCUCUAACUGUGCAGGGUACUUUGUCCUCCAGUUCCCAGUCCAGCACUGUUCCUUCAUCUUAUGUUAAAACCUGUGAGCAGAUAACCCAACUAUAUGAGCAACAAAGUAUGAAUACUGAGAGACUCUAAACAGGAGGUUUGUAUUACAAUCGAAUAAUUUAACUUGACAUAUUUAAUGAUGUGAAUAAUCCCUAAGGCUUUGCCAUAAUUAGGUAAAGUAAUAGUAUGUAAAUGACUUCAAUGAAUAUUUUUCUCAUCAAGCUAAGCUACCUACUCUUUCCCCCUCCUUUUGUCUUUCUUUGUUAUUAAAAAACAGGGAUCCUAGUCCACCCUACAUUACCUCAAUAGCUGGGAUUUUUAGAUUCCUCUCCCAUUUGCUCCAGGAAGUAAGUUGGUUUUCUGUGCUUGUCUUUCAAAGAAUACUGUGUGGUUUUGCAACUGGUUGGCUGAGGAAGCAUUAGUAACGGACUUAUUUCCAAAGAAGACAAGUAGCUAAUUUGGAUAUCUCUAGAAGAUUCAUCCUAAAAAUUGAUCCUCAAUUUUGAGGACUCUGACUGUAUAAAUAUUUGCUUUGGUUUGAUAAACAAAUUGUGUUCUAUUCGUUUGCAAGUAUAAUAAGUUAUUAAGAAUAAAAAAUGGUCUUCUCUAUUCA